GGUAUAGCUGGUAUCUUAGCAACGUUAAAAACAUGGCGGGUUGUUGUCAAAUGGAGUCAAAUCACUAUAAUUUACCAAUUAUUCAGAGCUAAGGUUCGAGUAAAUCGUACCUAAUGUCAAACUCUAGGAGUAAGAAGUCAACUAAUGGAGAUGAGAGUGUACAAUCAGGGGAAAAUGACUUGGAAAAUAAUCGCGCGUUAGUCCCUUUUAAAGAAAAAGACUCCGGAACAACGGCUGAUUCUUCAGGGAACGAAACAGACGAUAGCGAGGUGAACGAGCUCAAAGCGCAGGUUGCUGUGGAAAGAAGGCAUCGGAGGAAAACUAUUGUAAACUCUUUUCGUCUAGCAGAACUCAUACCUACUCCGAACACUCCUUAUUCAAGCUACAGGCGAAAGUCGAUCGCGCUUACAGUACAAAGUGUUAUUGACUCGAAAGCUAAGUAUCAUUUUAUUGAAGGAAUCACAAAAUCAGAAGAUGGCCAGCAUUACAAAGCAAUUGCAUGCUUCAAUAAAGCGAUCUCCUUGAAACCUGAAUUGAUAAAAUACUACACAGCUAGAGGGGAAUCCUUCUUGCAAAUAUGUGACUUUCAGUCCGCCAUAUUGAACUUUAAAAAGGCCUGUAUAUUGGAUCCUGAAAAUGAUGAAUACUAUUCAAGAUUAGCAUUUAUAUACUUCUUUCAAGGACAAUGUUUAUUUGAUGAAAAACUUUAUAAGGAAGCUUUGGAAUCAUUUUCUCGAGCCGCAGAAAUGAAGCCUGAGGUCAUUGGGUACCAUACAAGAAGUGUGGCUUGCCUGUCAGCACUUCAGAGACAUGGGGAAUGUCUGGCUCUAGUCAACAAAAGGCUAGAGGAAGAGAGUACCAAUACGGAUCUCUACAUUAUGAGGGCGCGGCUACAUGAGCUCUUUAGGAAUUCUACCUUGUGUUAUUAUGAUGUCAAAGACGCCUUGGUACUAUCUCCAGAUAAUGAGGAGGCCAAAACUCUCAUGAACUCUUUGCAUAAAAGAGCCAAUGAUAGUAAGCUACAGGCUGAACAACUGUUCCUAGUAGGCAAAGUAAAAGAAGCGUUAACAAAAAUCUCCAUAGCGAUAGAGACCAACCCUUCAAUACCAGAGUAUCACGUAUUCAGGGGUGCCCUUCAUCGCAAACACGCGGAUUUCAAUGCUGCCAUAGAUGACUUUCUCCUCGCGAUGGACAAGACCGACCACGACGAGUCCCAUCCCACUUAUAAACACGCUCAGCGACAACUUCUCCUGUCCUAUAACGACUUUGCUGUCGAGUGUUUCGGAAAGGGUUAUUAUGACGAGGCCAUAGUGCUGUUGAACAAGGCCGUCCAGGGAGAGAAGAACGAAAAAGGGCUGUACAUCAACAGGGGAGAUUGCUUCUUUCGCGCUAACGAGCUUCACUUUGCUCUGGCCGACUAUCAGCAAGCCUUGGAGAUGGACCCAGCAAGCCAGGCUAUCCGGUCACGCCUGUCAAUCGUGUUUAACGAGUUUGGGAUUCUGGAAUACUACGACCGUCACUACCUAGAGUCAAUAGAUUACCUAACCACGGCCAUCAGCUACAACCCUCGCAUCGGGCCGUAUUACCUGUCCCGCGCAAGGGCGAGGUACAUGAUAGAGGACAGUGACGGCGCCCGUGAAGACGUCCUCAAAUGCCUGUAUCUGGAACCCGACAGCAAGGAAGUGGUGUCGAUCUUCUCAAGGCUCUUCCCAGGAAGAAGUAUUAGUGACGUCACGAAAGGCCAGCUGGGGCUGUCAGCCGCGCGUGCUGUCGAGGCUCACAUACGGGAUACCAUAGGGAACGCGUUGCCAAUAGUUACAAGCUCCAUGAAAGUGUCCUCGUCCCAGUUCUCCGGGAGGUUUAUUCUCCCGCCCAUCCGGGACUCUGUGCUGCCUGAGAUACGCGCGUGUAUGGAGCAAGACUUCCACGUGAACAUUAUCAAGAGCAAGCUACAGGCUACCAGGGUCGUCAAGAAAGCAUUUAACGCUCGACAGAACCUAUCUUAUAAGGGCCCUCGUGUGAGCGCCCCUCGUGCCCAGGCCCCGCUGUCAGCUAUCAAGACGUUUAAAUGGGAGACUAGUGUUACUCAAAGGGCUCUGCCCAAAACAAUCGCGAGCGAGCGAAAACCACUGACAUACCCCGCUUAGACACACCAUCAAAUUUUAUAGAAUAAAAUAUUUAUAUUCUUA